AGCUGACACUCUGCAUGACGUCACGUUGUUACUAAGGCCUAGCAACUUAGCUGCGGCCGGGCCGGCUACACUGGGCCAUUGGCAGAGUUAAAGUUUGACUCCUCUGAGCAGCGACCAAUCACGCCGUGGUAUUAGAUGUAACGCAAUUUCGCUGACUGACAGCAGCGGCGCCCAAUCCGCGACCGUUUUCAAUGCACAACAAGGCGGGUAUUGUUGACGGGCGGCCGUCUCAGCCAGUCGCCGCUGAGCUUUGUAAGCUGAACCUCGGCUGCCUCGUCUGAUUGGCUGCGGGGGUCUCCUGAAGGAGGACGGGGAGGGCUGGAACAGUUGAUAUGUCCACCAUCUUGAAAAGUCGCCUAUAGUGCUGAGCAAUUUUCCCGCCUGACUGGAUUAGGUCGUUCCCCACUUCAGGCAGGAGAUUGCUCUGCAAAAGGUUCCUUUUAGAAAUUUCCUUUUUAAUGUAGUCCGGAUACCCUGUAAUGGGCCAGAAUUUGAAGAGACUAGGAGUUGUAUUAUUUUCUUAACACAUUCAUUUUAACAGGGACCCUGCUUUCUGUUGGAAUUUGAUGGACUAAUCUUUGCCUUCACCUGCCCCCGUUGAAUGAGAACCCCCUAAUGUCAUCUUGCAUCGGAGAAACAUUCUGACAUUUCACAGUAACAUGUUUGCAGCAGUACGAGUCUUAUUUAUUUGUCCACUUUUCAUUUUCUUAUUACUUUUUUUUUUCCCUUCAUGUCUGUAAAAAGCUGAUGCCUCAAUACAAGUAUGUUUUGGAAGUUCGACCUGCAUUCUUCAUCUCACAUAGACACCCUCUUAGAAAGAGAUGAGGUGACCCUAAAGGAACUGAUGGAUGAGGAGGAUAUACUGCAAGAAUGCAAGGCUCAGAAUCGUAAGCUUGUGGAGUUUUUAUUAAAAUCUGAAUGCUUGGAAGAUUUAGUGACUUUCAUCACAGAGGAACCACCUCAAGAUAUGGAUGAGAAGAUUCGUUACAAGUACCCCAAUUUAUCUUGUGAGUUACUGACUUCAGAUGUGUCGCAGAUAAACGACAGGCUAGGAGAAGAUGAAUCUUUACUCAAAAGACUUUACGGCUUUCUUUUAAAUGAUUCACCAUUGAAUCCACUGCUUGCCAGUUUCUUCAGCAAAGUGUUGAGCAUUUUAAUCAGCCGGAAACCAGAACAGAUUGUAGCAUUUUUAAAGAAAAAAGAUGAUUUUGUCGACUUGAUAAUAAAACACAUAGGAACCUCUGCAAUUAUGGAUUUGCUGCUAAGACUUCUCACAUGCAUUGAGCCACCACAGCUAAGACAAGAUGUCCUAAAUUGGCUAAAUGAAGAGAAGAUAAUCCAGAGACUUGUGGAGUUAGUUCACCCCUCUCAGGAUGAAGAUAGACAUUCAAAUGCAUCACAGUCCCUUUGUGAGAUCAUACGUCUGAGCAGAGAUCAGAUGUUACAAGUACAGAACAGCUCAGAACCAGACCCGCUCCUUGCUACACUAGAAAAGCAAGAAAUUCUAGAACAGCUGUUAUCAAAUAUAUUUUUGAAAGAGAAGAAUGAAUCUGCAAUUGUCAGUGCAAUCCAAAUACUGCUUACUCUGCUAGAGACCCGUCGACCAGCGUUUGAAGGGCACAUAGACCUUUGUCCUCCUGGCAUCAACCAUUCUGUUUUUUCAGUAAACAAAACCGUUUUGACUGCUAUUCAGGAAAAGCUUCCAUCCUUUCACCAGCUACUUCUGGACCCUCCAAAAACUGAUGUCAUGAAGACAACAUGGGGAAUACUAGAUCCACCUGUAGGAAAUACUCGGUUAAAUGUGAUCAGACUAAUAGCAAGUCUUCUGCAGACGAAUACACACAGUAUUAAUGUGGAGUUAAUAGAGCUGAACACUGUAGGAGUUAUCUUGGACAUGUUUUUCAAAUACACGUGGAACAACUUCCUUCACACGCAAGUAGAAAUCUGCAUUGCAUUGAUUCUUGCUAGUCCUGGUGAGAGUACGGAUAGCACGAUUAAUGAGCAGAACGUUUCAGGGGAUCAUAUCUUAUUAAAACACCUGUUCUUGAAAUGCCACUUAAUAGACCGAAUACUUGAAGCAUGGUCCUUGAAUGAAAAAAGACAGUCUGAAGGAGGACAGCGGUACGGAUACAUGGGCCACUUAACGAGAAUCGCAAACUGUAUAGUGCACAGCAUUGAAAAGGGGCCAAACAGUACACUAGCACAUCAACUUAUUAAAGAACUGCCAACUGAAGCUCAGGAAAAAUGGGAGACCUUCUGCACAAGUUCCUUAGGAGAAACCAACAAGAGGAACACAGUAGAUCUACUAACAACACGACACAUCCACUCCUCAAGUGAUGAUGAGAUCGAGUUCAAAGAGCCAGGAUUCUCGCAAGAUUCUUCCAUACAGCAGGCCUUUUCUGAUUAUCAGAUGCAACAAAUGACGUCCAAUUUUAUUGACCAGUUUGGCUUCAACGAUGAGAAGUUUGCUGACCAGGAUGACAUUGGGAAUGUGUCGUUUGACCGUGUCUCAGACAUUAACUUCUCUCUCAAUGCAAAUGAGAGCGCAAAUAUAGCUUUGUUUGAAGCAUGCUGUAAGGAAAGGAUACAGCAGUUUGAUGAUGGUGGGUCAGACGAGGAAGAUAUUUGGGAGGAGAAAAAUCUUGCCUUCACACAGGAUACGCAAAGAAGAUCCAGCUCAGGAAGCACAGACAGUGAAGAGAGCACAGAUUCUGAGGAGGAGGACUCUGUUAAACAGGGAUUAUUCGAAUCAAGCACAGCCAACCAAGAAGACAAAAUGGAGGUGGACGCCAAUGAAGCAAGCAAUUGGCCAGCAAGCUUUGAUGUCCCAAUGGAAACUGCACACGUAGCCAACAUGGAUUCCGUGGGAUCUGAUGUGUGGAGCACAGAUGAGCCACUGUCCUCAAAAGAAACUGGCUGGGCGUCAUUUACAGAAAUCACAUCCUCUAUCAGUGCAAAGGACACUGCAAGAAGUAACUCUCCUGUUGAAAUGGAAACCAGCACUGAACCAAUGGAUCCACUGAGUGUUAAUGCAUCGGCACAAACUGAAAUUACUGUUGCAAUGGAUGCCAGCUCUGAUGGAGAAGAGGAGGUGGAGAACACUGAUCAGAUGACAGAAACUGUGAUGAAUGGCAGUAUGAAGGAAACUCUCAGCCUUACCGUAGAUGCAAAAACAGAAACUGCAGUCUUUAAAAGAGUGUUGAAAUCCUAUUGUGAGGAAGGGAAAUUGUCUACCUCUAAUGACUCUGCCUGUAAAUAUGUUGUGGAGAACUGCGAUUCUUCUAUGGAAAAUCCACCAGUUUUACAGCCAAACAGUAGCAGCCAAGAACAGAAGACGCCUGAGCAGAUUGUUUUGGAUGGCGCUUCAACAAAUGGCCCAGUAUGAUGUGUGAUGCCUACUGCUAGUUGAAGAUCGCAAACUAAUAUCCAUUUGGGAUUUUAAGUGGUGUUACUUGAGGAUUCGGGCAAAAGCCCGCUGACGCCAGUCACUGCUGCACUAACUUUGCAAGGGAUCAGGACCAGCAACAUUUUAUUUUAUUUUUCUUAGAUUUUAAGGUGUUGUACAGACUUGAAAGUGUAAAAAUAUUGCACAUUGAGAAAUAAGACUUUUUGUGUAUGUUUAUAUUGUAUUGUAUUCUAAACAAAACUGGUGCCCAAUGAAAUAAGAACUCACCACUUCAGUAAUAGUAAUACUAUGGUUAAAAUGGUUGUAAAAAUAGUUUUUAUAAAGUGUAUACACAACAAAAAUCUAAUGUAUUUGAAAAGCAUAACUAUUUGACAAUUCAUGUGACCAAAGUAUUUACCAGUUCAUGCAUUUUUUCCCCCACUUUGUACAAUAGUCCUUUUUUUUUUCUUUUCUUUUUUUUCUCUUUCUAACAGAACUAUUCUUUUGACAAAAUCUUCCUGUAAAUGUUCUAUUUGUAUUUAGGUUACCAAAAGUGAUUCAGACAUUGAUAUUUUUGUUCCAGUGUUCCUAAUUUGCAGCAAGUUUCUCCUAGCUGUUGCAAUUCAAAUCAAAUGUCUAUUGGUAGAGAUUUAAGUAUUUAUUACUACAGUUCUGGCAAAUUGUUAAUGUAAAGCCAUACACUCUCUUUUAGUCUUGUUUCAGUAGCAGGUGAUGAUCUUAACUAUAAGAACUAGUCUCCUGCAAAUUUUUACCCAUUUAGAAGUUUAUUUUAAUGCACAUUAGGAAAUGUUUUUUUGUUUUUUGUUUUUUUGUUUUAAAGUCCUAAAUAAAAUGCUUGUCCUCUUGGGGACAACAGGGCAGGUAUUUUAUGGUGAAUUUUGUACUUUAUAAUAUCCAAAUCCAUUUUAAAUUUGCAUGUCAGCUCUUUCUGUGCCGAUCUGUGAAUUAUUUUUAUAUUACAAGUUCAAAACCAGCUUGUUUUUGUUUUGUUUUUUUGUUUUGUUUUUUUUGUCUACAACUGGUUUGUACAUAGGUAGUGAUUAUGAAAGCUAAUUCUAUGUAAUUUAUAAUGUUUCUAUAUUCCUGUAAACUCCAGUCCGCCUUCUUGAAGCAGGAAAAAGCAAUGUGAUGUUGCCAGUCUUGAUACAAGGGUUGUCCACCUCUUACAAUUUUUUUGUAGAUGUAAAUCUGUCUAAUUUCAUGAAUAGAUUCUUAUGGUUUGAGAGACCUCUCCUAGACAGGUAUUUUGAGGGAGAAAUUAAUCUCUAGACUGAGCCCAAGAGUUUUUAGGCGUAGUCUCCCAUGCAACGUGCCUAAGCAUUACAUUGCAUACUACAAUAAAAAGGAAAAUAUA